AUGGUCGCUGACGCUAAUAAUAGUCGCACAAAAAACGUCGAAGUUCAAGGCGCUAGCUACGUGAAUCAUAUACUUGACAAUUACGGGCGGGUAGUUGUCCAAUUCGGAAAUCGCAACUGUGUAGUUGUCGAUCCCGAGGCGAGCGGCCGAGUAGAAUUCAAAGUUACAGUAGUGGGUUGUGUUGACGGUCUGCUUGUCGAUGACGGACGUGUUGUUGUUAAGUUCGAAAUUCGCAGCUGUGUAGUUGUCGAUACCGAGCUUCUUAGCGAUGAACAACCACUUUAUCCACGUGGUAAAACUCUUCAUAUUCGUCCUAUUUCAAGACCUUAUUUGGGAAGUUAUCGUUGUUCAAUUCCGGGUAGCAGUUAUGCAGAUGCAAAUAGUGUUCUUACUUUUGGAGGCCCAGUUCCAACAACAACUGUUCCAAGCUAUCCUACUGCAUUUACUGUAACAAUUGAUAUUGUUCAAGGUCAAACAGCUCAAGGACAAGCACAGGAAAAUUCACAAGUUAUUCUUCGAUGUCGACCAAGUGAACAAGCUACUAGUUAUCGAUGGACAUUUACAUCUAGUCAAGGAGCAGCCAAUCGUGGUUACACAGAUCAAUUAGUUCUUCCUCGAGUUACUGUUCAAGAUUCAGGUGUAUACACAUGUGAAGCAACUAGUAGUCGUGGUCAAUCGGCACAUGGCACAAUCAAUCUUUAUGUUAAUGCUGCUCCUCAACAGCCAAUAGCUGGUCGAUGUGGUGUUGAUGAAGCUACUUGUCGUAAUGGUCGAUGUAUUCCUCGUGCAUAUCUUUUCGAUGGUAAAAACGAUUGUGGUGAUAAUAGUGAUGAAGGUUCUGGAAGUAGUGAUGCAUGUCAACCAAAUGAAAUUCAUUGUACGAAUGCUGAUCGUGGACGAAAAUGUGUACAGAAAUUUUGGAUGUGUGAUGGUGAUCGUGAUUGUGAUGAUGGAAGUGAUGAAGAUCAACGUUAUUGUGAAUUACUUCCUCGUCAACGUUAUUGUAAACCAAGUGAAUUUCAUUGUGGUGGUUCAAAUGCUACAACACCAAAUCCAAUAUGCAUUCCACGAUCGUUUCAAUGUGAUGGUUAUAAUGAUUGUCCUGAUCGUUCGGAUGAAGUCGGAUGUGUUAAACCAAUUGUUGUAUCGGCACCACAACGUCAAAUUCAAGUUAAUGCUGGUCAAACAUUAACUAUUUUGUGUAUAGCUCGCGGUUCACCAGCACCAUAUAUCAAUUGGCGUCUCAAUUGGGGACAUGUAUGUGGUGAUGGUUCAGAUAAUGGACGAUGUACGAUGGCACAAUCUGUAGAUCCACAUGAUCCAAAUCUUGUAACUGGUACACUUACUGUUCGUAAUGUUAUUGCAGCUGAUGGCGGUGCUUAUUCAUGUGAAGCACUUAAUAAUCAAGGAUUUAUUUUUGCUAUUCCGGAUGCUAUUGUUGAUGUUAUUAUUGAUUCAGGUCCUCGACCAACACCACCACCACCACCACCACCACCAAUACCAUGUAAUUGUAAUGAUCAUUCAUCAUAUUGUACACCUACCGGACAAUGUCUUAAUUGUCAACAUAAUACUGCUGGUUAUAAUUGUGAAUUCUGUGCACCAGGUUAUCAAGGUGAUGCUCGUCGAGGUACACCAUAUGAUUGUCAACCAGUUACAGUUGCACCACAAAGAUCACGUUGUAAUCCAGCUGGCACACAUAUGGAACGUGGUGAUCGUUGUAUUUGUAAAUACAAUGUUGAAGGUGCUCGAUGUGAUCAAUGUAAACGCAGUCAUUUCUAUUUGAAUCCAACAACACCAAAUGGUUGUCUACCAUGUUUCUGUUCGGGUGUAUCAACUGAUUGUACUUCAACUGAUUGGCGACGACAACCCAUUCAACUUCCAUUAAAUAAUUGGAAUGCUGUACCGAAAACUUUUGCUACUGAUCCAUAUGAAGCACGUGAUCGAAUUCAACAACGUCAUGGUGGACGUGAAAUAGCUCUUGAUCAAAGUUCAUUAGGACGACCAGCUAAUGAAGUUCUCUAUUGGAAAGCACCAAAAGAAACACUUGGAAAUGUUGUUACAUUAUAUGAUGGUAAUAUUGAUAUUCAUUUUAUAAAUGAUGGUAAUGAUAAUGAAGCACCAAGUAAUGAUGAAUUUAUAUGGUUACGUGGUAAUAAUAUUGAUCUUGCUCAUAAAAUUCCACAAAAUCAACGAUUUAAAGCAAAUUCAAAUGCUACUUAUUCGGUACCAUGUAAUGAAAGAACAUUUACACGUAAAGAUGGUACAUAUAUUGAUCGAGAAAAUAUUCUUAUGGCUCUAUCAGAUUUGGACACAUUACUUGUUAAAAUAAAUCCAAUUGGUGGCCGACGUAAUGCUGUUCUUCGUGGUGUUACUUUAAAUGUUGCUGCUCGUGAUGGUUAUACGGAUGCAGCACCAACAGUUGAAUCAUGUCGUUGUCCAGCUAAUUAUACGGGUUCAUCAUGUGAAAAAUGUGCUGAAGGUUAUGGUCGUCCACAUCCAUUAGUUGGUAUUUAUUUGGGUCAAUGUUGGUCAUGUCGAUCAUUAUGUAAUGAUCGAUCAGAUCGAUGUGAUCGAGAUACUGGCAAAUGUCUUGAUUGUCAAGCUAAUAGUGAAGGUGAUCGAUGUGAACGAUGCCGUCCUGGUUAUGUACUCGAUCCACGAUUAAAUCAAUGUACAAGAGAUGAACAAUAUCCAUCUUAUCCAGUACCACCAUAUGGACCUGGUCCAAGAGGUGCUUAUUAUGUUGAUCAACGACCUUAUGAUACACGUGGUACGACUCCAUUAACUAUUGUUUUAGAUGGUAACCAACCAGAACAACGUGUUCCACUUCAAGUUCUUAAUGCUCAACCACGAUCCGUUGUAUGGGGUCGUACUGAUGGUAGUCCAUUACCAGCCAGUGUUGUUCAAGAUGGCAAUGAUCUUGUUUUUCGUAAUCCAUCAGCUGAACAAGCUGGAAAUUAUAUCUGCACAAUAACUCAUCCUGAUGGUUUUAUUGAACGUAUUGCUAUUUAUUUAGAUUAUCGUCCAGGUCAACCACAACCUAUUAGUCCACCUUUUGCCUAUCCAGUAUUUAGUCCACCAAGUCCAUUGACGAUAAUUGAAGGUGAUAAUCAAGUCGUACAACCUCAAGGUGUAUUUUAUCAAGUUUACUGGCGUCGUGAAGUUGAUCAACCACUUCCAUUAGGUAUAACUCAAAGUGGUAAUAAUUUACAAAUAAGUGGUGCACGACCAGAACAUUCGGGUACUUACUAUUGCGACGUAUACGGAAGUGAUGGUGCACAGGCAUCUAUUCCAUAUGAACUUCGUGUUCAACAUCUUGAACGACCACGUCCUGUUGAACGACCACAUCCAAGUACUGGUGGUUCACCAAAAAUAACUAUUGAACCAAGAGUAAUUAAUUUAAAAGAAGGUCAACGUAUGAUUGUUCAAUAUACAGUUAGCUCACAAGAUCCAAUCGAUGUUACUUGGAAUAAAUUGACAGAUCAAGGUUAUCAACCAAUUCCAGCAUUAUUUACUGUUGAACCAAAUCGUCUUGUACUUAAUCGUGCAACACCUGAUGCCGCUGGUACAUAUCAAGUUGUUGUACGUAAUCCACAUGGUGAAGAUCGACAGGAAUUACGUAUUACUGUUGAACCACGACGUGGUCGAGGACGUGAACAACAAGCUGGUGCACCACGAAUUCAAUUCUCACAAGAUCAAUAUGAUAUUAGUGCUGGUGAAGGAGCAAGUGGAGCAAAAGCAACUUGGUCAAAAGAUGGUUCAGCAAAUUUACCUGAAGGUGUCAUUGCACGUAAUGAUGGAGCAUUACGUGUUGAAGGACGAUCACAUAAUGUUGAUGGACGAUAUACACUUGAUGUCAUGAAUGCUUAUGGUCGUGUAUCGGCACCAAUUGUUAUUCGAUGGAAAGAAGCAGCUGUUCCACAAGGUGGUCAUGUAAAUCAAAAUCGAAGAGUUCAUUGGAAUGUUCAAAGAUUAGAUUUGAACGAAGGUCGUCGUCUUGAAGCUGUUUGUCGAAGUGAUGUUGAUCCAUUAACACUACGUUUGGAUGUUACACGUCAUAAUGGUCGACAACGUGAAGCAGUACCACUUGGUCUUUCAUUUUCAAAUGGUUAUUUAUCAUUGGGUGCUGUUACAAGACAAGACAAUGGACUUGAAUUUACUUGCUCAUCAGGAAAUGCUUCUGAUACCUUAACGCUUAACGUUCGCGCAUCGAGUCAUGAUCUCGACGCUCCACGUAGUUUCAUUGAUGUACGUCUUGAACCACGUGACGAACAAAGUCAUCAAGUUGGACGUGAAAUUCAUUUACAAUGCGCAGUUCAAGGAAGUGUUGAACGCCCAUAUGAAUAUACAUUUACUAAAGAUGGUCAACCAUUAGAAAAUAAUGUUGAAGUACAUCCAAAUGGUUUAUUAAUUAUUCGUAAUGCUCAAGCAAGUGAUGCUGGACGUUAUCGAUGCGAAGUUAGUUUCCCACGUGCACCAGAAGCUGGAACGCAAGAAAGUAGUUACGAUCUUCGAAUUGAAGGUGGUUCCGCUGGAGGUUAUGAUCAAAGUUUUCAACAUGGUGGUGAAUAUCAACCACAAGGUGAUUACGUUGAAGUAACUAUUGAACCAAAUGAAGUAACUCUUGGACACGGCGAAAAAGCCAAUUUAACAUGCCGUGUUAAAGGUGCUCAACAAUUCACUGUAACAUGGACUAAAUAUGCACAUGAUACAAGUUUACCAAAUUAUGCUCGUCAACAAGGAAAUAGUGUUAUAUUAGCUCCAACUAAUGAAUCACCUGCUGAGCAAAUGUAUUUACAAUGUUCAGUAGCAGUACCUGGUCAACCUCAACCAUAUCUUGGUUAUGCACCAGUUACUCUUCGGGCAAAUGAUGAAUUACGUAAGAAGAAAAAGAAGAGACGCUCAUAG